AAACCAUACCUGAACAAAAGCGCAGAAAACUACAACAAACAAAACCCAUCUAAAUCCGGUCAUGACUAGGACAAAAAAACAAAAAAAGCUACGACGGACAAAAAACAAAUAAAAGGACAAUCACAAUAAUACGACUACUACGGGACAAUUAUUCGGGUUUUCCGACGGCAUUUUUCCGUAAAUUAUUAUUUGUAUUUCGAGCUCCGCAACAUCGUCGUGUUCGCCAUCGCUACGGGAAAUUAUCGGACUGAAGGAGAAAUCUCGCCAUAUGCCCAGAGCGACACGAUGUUCGAACAUGCGCCACCUUUCAAUGACGAUGUUAACUAGUUUUUGGCGCCAUCUAACUCGGUUACUAGUAACUAGAAGUCAAUCAACGAUCCCACAAAACCUGUCGAAGCAAGAUGUUUUCUAUCUGCAGAGAAAUAUGGACGAAGUCAUGAAAAGUACUCCAAAACAAAAUCUGUAUGGUCUAUAUGGACGUCAUUAGUAUAUUAUGCAAUGAUCAUCUACAAUAACAGAUAUUAUGAAAGUUGAGCGAAAUUGCAGCAUGGAAUCAGAAGGCAUUGCACGGAAAACAUCCCUAUGAGCUGUCAUAUGAGGCAUCAAAUAUGUAGCUUGUACGGGGAGAGCAAGAUAUGGUUAUACUUUACUUUGGUUAUACGUGAUCCGCCAGUCUGCCAUCCUCGAUGAUAAAUGCCG